AUGUUUGAAAUUGACGAACAAACCAUACCGUUCAUACGAACGCGCCAGGCCCUACUACUCCUAGAUCUGCAGAACGAUUUUAUAGGAGAAGAGAGCCUGCUGCCGGUCGAAACCCCCCCGAGCUAUGUCGACAAUAUAAAGAAUCUCAUCGAGCCGUUCCGUCCUUCUGGUGACAUAAUAUGGAUAUGCAGCAUUUCCACAGAGGGGAUUUCGAGGAUAGUCAAUCAACCGCACAAUGAUAGCGAGGCCAUCAUAACGGAUAACGAGCUUCUACGACAUCGACGCGACAAAGUGACACCCGAAAGUGAGCCCGUGUCCAAUGAAGAAAGCAAGCCUUCGGUAGCUAGCAGUGAGGGGGAUGCAGCAGAAGCUUUUUUGACAGUCCAAUGCGAAGGCAAAUCACGCAUGCUAAAACCCAAUUCGAGAGGUUCAGCCAUUUCAGAUGCGUUUGCGCCCAUCUCUACGAAAGACUUGGUAUUCAACAAAACAUACUAUUCCGCAUUCAAGGAUGGCAGUCUAGUCCAAAAACUAAGGGGCAAGUUUGUGACAGAGAUUUACAUUGCUGGGGCUCUUACGAAUGUCAGUGUAUUUGCCACGGCAAUGGACGCUGCCCGCCACGGUUAUGCCAUAACCAUCAUUGAGGAUUGUCUGGGGUACAGGAGUAAAGCUAGACAUGAGGAAGCUUUACGUCAGCUCAGAGCCUACACGGGAUGCGAUGUCAUAAGCAGCGAGGACCUCAUUGAUAGCUUACAGAAGCAAAAGAAGGUCGCUGAAAGGAGAACGACUUCCAGUAAGAAAUCUCGUCCUAAACCUAGAGAGCCACAGCCAAAAGAAUCUCGAAAUACUGGGAUUGAAAAUCUAAUGGGGAACUUAAAGCUAGAAGCAGAAGACCCGCAAGUCACCACCGUCAAAGCCCCAUCGACGGUAGCCACCGAAGACGAUUUCGAAACCACAAGUCAAUUCCUGCGAUCACAAAUUCGACGAGCGAAACCACCAGCAGAGCUGGAAGCAGAAGCUAAAAAGAGAGAAAAGGUUAAGUCGAAAGUGAAAUCACGUAGACACACUGCAAAGCCUGUGGAAGUAGAAGACCCCUCUAUCCCAUCAAAGCAACGCAGUCUAGCAUCUUCAAAAAUUCCGUCGCCUGACUCGUCAAAUUCCCCAAACCUAGCUGAAGUGACUCUGCCUAGUUCAAAGUACCCGGCAAUCGAGAAGGAGGAACUCCAACUAAAACCUUCAUCAACGAAGAAAUCUCUUGAGGAGAUGCCAAAAGACGAAGAUAAUGCAUUGACCGAUAGGGCUGCCAUUUGUGAAGGUGAUACAACCGUCAUCCAAAACCUUCUGCCCGAUACGUUGGCAAGCGGGAUUUUCGAGAAAAUUCGGGACGAGGUCCUUUGGCAGAAGAUGGGCCAUCAAGGUGGUGAGGUACCGAGGCUUGUAGCGGUUCAGGGUCAAAUUGAAGAAGAUGGCAGUACUCCGAUAUAUCGUCACCCGGCAGAUGAAUCGCCUGCUCUCCUAUCAUUUUCACCCACAGUUGAAACUGUCAAGAAGAUAGUUGAGAAAAGACUUGGUCAUUCUCUGAACCAUGUACUGAUCCAAUUCUAUCGAGAUGGGAAUGAUAAUAUUUCCGAGCAUAGUGACAAAACAUUGGAUAUCAUUCCUACUACUUUCAUUGCUAAUGUGAGCCUGGGAGCUCAACGGACGAUGGUAUUUCGUACAAAGAAACCCGUGAAGAACGCCGUAUGUGCAGAAUCUCAGAGCGCCCCUCGAGAAUCUUGCAGGGCAGCUCUUCCACAUAAUUCAUUGUGCAAGAUGGGCUUGGAAACCAAUAAGAAGUGGUUACAUGGUAUUCGACCAGAUAAGAGAAUGGCAAGUGAGAAAUCCAAGGCUGAAUUGGCUUACGAUUGCGGACGUAUAUCAUUAACAUUCAGACAUAUUGGUACAUACCUGGAUAAAAGUCAACAAAAGAUUUGGGGUCAAGGUGCAACUGCCAAGAGGAAAGAAGACGCCGUGCAGGUCAUCAAUGGAGAUACACCGCAAACCCAAGAAAUGCUACAAGCUUUCGGGAAAGAAAAUCAUGACAGCGAUUUCGACUGGCAGGAGAUCUACGGCAAAGGAUUCGACGUACUGCACAUGUCGAAUCAUAAAAAGCUUUUUUUGUCGGGAGAUCCCGUCGCCGACCACCGGGUGAAGUUUAUGCUCAACCACUACGGCAUCCCUUGGAUAGAAGCAACCAUUUCGCCACCUUUCCAUUGGAAACGAGAAGGUCUUGAAGUUGACGAUUCGCUUGUACCAGAGACACCAGUGAUCAAGUUUAUUGAUAAUGACCAUGACAGAACUACUGUCGAAGGAUGCAUGCCAAUCAUGUUCUAUAUUGAAGCUAUCUAUAAACCUCCCCAGAACUGUAAAUCUCCGGGUCAUUUCGCCCGUCAUUACACUCGUUUCGAAGAAGCCAACACUCUACUCAAGAUCUGGAGAACAGUUCCCUUUAGCGUGAAGCCUUUCCGUGCCGAACUCGCUAAAUGGGAUAUCUACGCCAAAGAAUCAAAAUACAUAGCAGGCGAUGAAAUUGGUCUUGCAGAUUUUGCAAUAAUGCCGGUAUUUGAGUUGGUCAGUAAGGUGUGGGGUGAUCGUAUGGCACAUGAAAAUUUAGCAGUUUAUUGGAAGAUGAUGGUUCAGACGGAGAGUUUUUGGAAGGUUCUCCCAAACGAAAAUCUAGAGGCGCUGCAGGAUCAAGCUAAGAUUUGUGCGGUGCGGCAGAAACUUAAUACCUUGGAUAAUAAGUCUUUGCAAGAAGAGGACAGUGAGGACCACUCUUCCUUGGCAGCGGAAGAUGAAGAGAAGGGCAAGAGGAAGAGCAAGGAGAUCGAAGAGCUAUUGGAUGCGAUUUCGAGGUUGUAA